GUACUUGCAUCGAUGGAAUCAUGAGAAGAGUGACCGGUCGGGCAAUCAUCCUCUAUUUUCCGGUACAUUUAUAGAGAAAGCAAAAUUGGAGACAUAAAAGGGAGAGACGCGUUUCAUUUUGACUCACUUUGUUGUUCAAUUUCCACGGUGAUUUCAGUCUUUGCAACUUUCGAAGCAUUGUUGCUCCACUAAAUGUCAAAAUUUUGGUCGUCCUUCUCUGAAAUUCUUCAAUCACACCGUUCAGUUCACGAUCUUCAGACGGGCCGAUUCCGGCUAGAUCACUGGUAGUUUCUCUUUGAGUUGCUCAACGAAUUUAAUUUGACAAGGCAUUUUCAUCUUCUUUUAUGGGCACUGAAUGAAUGACGGGAAGCUAGUGAACACAUCACCGCAGCCAACACUCGGCGGCUAGGGCUCAAACGAUUGUUGUCGUCGGACGCAGUUACAGUAACAGAUCAUUAUUCCUCCCAGCACGGUCGGGCAGCUCCACCCUGUCCAUCGCAGGACCUCGCAAGCUGAUUCCUAUCUCUACAUCUAUAGGCCUAUAAUCUUCAUCGAGAGGUUGCGUGGCGGAUAUAGAAUUGCUGUAGGCGAAAGUGUAUGAGGUAGUGUUGCAUUGGAUGAAUUUUCAACAAAAAUAAUUAAAAACAAUAUAUUCGCAGAGAUUUUAUAUUAAGAACAGUUUCAAAUUUGCUUUUAAUAGAAAGUUAAUGAAUGAACAGAACGCUCUGAUAUAAUAAUUCUCGGUACGCUUUUCUCCUCAAGUACAAUCAAAGCCAAGUAACCCAGACCCAUUUUUUUUUGCACAACAAACUAUUUUCAUUUUCAAAAUGACUGACCAUGAUAGAAGAAAGGGCCAUACGGUCAAGAGUGAAUCAUCGAGUCUCCCAUUCUCUAUUGACAACAUCUUGGGGAUUAAGAAGAUGAAGAAAUCUAAAAUUGAGCCAUCCGCCGACGAGAUUUUCGUUAAAAUGAAGAAUAACUCACAACUUACCCCUAACUGCACACCCCUCCAUCAUCAAUCCAAAAUGAGAUCUGAGAAGGUAUUUGCAUCUCAAAAUGAGGAAUUCAUCCAAACCAGACCACAUCCAACCUUGAUUCCUGGAGUAGCAUCAAACUUCUACGGCCUCCAUGCAGAAUACUACGCACUUGAGUCUUUACAUAGGGUGGUAUAUGCAAAAGAUCCCACUUAUGGCUUUGGCAAAACCUUCUGUCCAAAUUGGCCAAAUUUCUUUCCCUUUCGUAGCAACCAGUUCUCAAUAGAUGGCAAAGAGUCGGACUUCAUGAAAGCUUUGAGUAAAGCUAACAAGAAAAUUCCAGACAGAAGAAAUUGGUCUAGAGAUAUCGACAAAUCUAGAGCGAUACCGUCGUCUCUGAUGUCUAUAUCUUCAGAUAUAGUAUCACCGUCAUCAUCUACUUCUUCGUCUUCGACAUCCCCACCAUAUCAUCCAAUUCCAUCCGACUUUUGGUCACAGCAUUUGAAAUUAAAAGCUUCAAAAUCAUCUUUAAUGUCAGAUCUAGUUGUUCCAUCUGCUUUUAAAUCGACACAUUGUGUCAACGAACUUACUGCUAAAUUCAGCCCUGAUGACAAAAAUAGAAAUGCCAGUCGGCAAAAUCAGUUUAACAAUAACGCAUCCCAUGAUAGUUCCUCAAUACUACGAGCAAGUGGGUCAGAAAAGUCGACGACACGAUCGACAAGGGAAUCCAACACAACUCCUCAAACAUCGCGUCGACAAGAUGGCAACAAACCAAAGACAUUUGUGUGUCCAGAGUGUGGUAAGGUCUUUAAUGCACAUUAUAAUUUAACUCGGCACAUGCCUGUUCAUACAGGUGCACGUCCUUUCGUUUGUAAGGUCUGUGGAAAAGGGUUCCGUCAGGCUAGUACCUUGUGUCGACAUAAGAUUAUCCACACCAAUGAGAAACCCCACCGUUGUCAUGAAUGUGGAAAAGCAUUUAACCGUAGUUCAACCCUCAACACACACCUUAGGAUCCACGCUGACUUCAAACCUUUCGUAUGCGAGUUUUGUGGCAAGGGAUUCCAUCAGAAAGGCAAUUACAAGAACCAUCGUCUUACACAUAGCUCUGAAAAGGCAUUCAAGUGCCACAUCUGCCACAAGGCUUUUCAUCAAAUCUACAACCUGACUUUCCACAUGCACACGCAUCGAGAACAGAAGCCGUUCACCUGUGGUAUUUGCGGCAAAGGAUUCUGUAGGAACUUCGAUCUCAAGAAACACACACGAAAGUUGCAUGAUAAGAUGUCAGAUAAUGGAAGGAAAGGACAUGCCAAGUGUUUAAACAGAGCAGGUACGGUUCCAAUUGUUACUUCUCAGUUUUAAGAGACAAUGAUAUUGUACAAAUUUCUGUCUAUAAAUACUUGGUUUAAAAGCUUUAUUAUUAAAGAUGUAUAUUGUAGAAAUAAAUUAUAAUGUGAUGAUAAAUUAUGAUUGUGGUAUAAUGACGAUUGUGUAAGUAUAAUAUACUUAAUUUUGUCCUAAUAUUUUUUUUUUUUGUAGAAUAAGAAAAAAAUCGAAAAGUUAUUUACAAUAGAAAAGAAAGUUUGAAAAACUUUAUUGAUGUUAUUCUCUUAUAUAAACCUAUGUAUUUUUUCCAAUUUGGAAAAUUAUGAUCACCGGGAAUUCUUCUGCAUUAAGCUUUAUCAUUUAAACAAAUGGCAUUAAACAAUGUCAUUUGUCAUAUAUAUAUACCAUGAACGUGUUCCCCCCCAAAAAAAAUGAUGUUGCACUAAUCAAUUUAUUGACCUUCAUUACAACUAAAUUGUUGAAAAUAAUGAAAUUAAUGUCAUUGCUUUAAGGUUUGAAAAAAAAAACUGUCUGCUCUACUCUAUGUGUAAAGGAAUGAUUACGAGAGUCACCAGAUUAUAAGAUAUAUCAGAUUAUACAAAGAAUAUUGAAUAUGAUGGUCAAGUGAAUAAAAAUACCAAUUGCAAUUUACAUAUUUCUCACUUAGAAUUAAAUAAUGUACCAACAAAGAAGUGUUCGUUGGUUUUGAAAAGAAAAUAUUCCGCUUUAUCUUCAUUAUGAACAUGCAGAAUCAGUAGCUAUAUGUUAACAGUGUUACAUUACAGUACACAUACUUAGGUCUAUCAACCUUAACCUUAUUUUUCUAGUGGUCUAUACAGGUCCAGAUAGAUCCGUUGAAUUGUUAAUAAACGUAGGCAAUUGCAAACGUUAGCUGAGAUAUUUGUUUUAUCUUAUAGCUUGAUUUCAUUAUACUUAUUAUGUUAAUGAUAAUACUUAAAUUCGAACAUAUGCUGUACCUCAUCCAGAGUAGUAUUCACUUUAUUUACUUUACAGAUACAUACGUUUAAAUAAACCUCACCCAGUGCAAGUUUUCUUGACAAAUUGAUUUCUCUUCGUUUAAAGAGAAACCAACCAAUUUUACACGGCAAGUUUUAAGAAUAUCAUGCCAUUUACCCAGAUUCGUGCAUUUUCUUUCAUAAUUAUUGUAAUAAAAAUCAAAUAGUAGGCACUGCAGAAAAUGACGAGAGAGUGAGAGAGAGACAUUUAUUCAAACACUUUAGUGCAAUAUUAGUACAAAGAUUAUACAGGUCAUUCUGCGAAUUUCCUUUCAAUUUUUCAAAGAGAGUUAGCAGUGAUAUAAGCGAUCAUUCAAGUUAAGUGUACUUGGCAUAUCCCUUAGGGGCGUGUAAGGCUACGAGGUACUUCACUUAGUAUCCAAAAGAUCAUCCAUCAACGUAUCUGACUACACACGGGUAAAAAGGGCGCCGUGGUAACCUGCCACCGUAGCACCACAGCGGCGCCACCCGAGCCCAGCCGAGCAGCAAAUCGCUCUCUAGUGCUAUUGAUUUCCCGUCAUACGAGAAAACAAAAAACCUACAUUGGUUCAUCAUCACACAUUAGGACUGAUGAGCUUGUUUUCAAGUGGCUCUACAAAUUGCUUAAUCGCACUUCACUUUUCCUCGCAAACAAAUAAAUGAUCAUAUAGCAGGCGGGAAAUCAUUUUCUUUUAACUUUUUCUCUUUGCCAUUCUCUGUGGACGUUAAGUGUUGUGGGGUCGUGUACUGGCAAAUUGAGUUUAAAAGCGAAUGCACUUUUAAUGUAUUGAGUCCUUUGCCGUCAUACGGCAAUCAGGCUCAACGAUAAAGCAUUUUUCGUUUACAUUUGUACAACUUUUGAGGUCACUGAUCGUAUUAAGUUAUUGAUUACAAAGUUUUACAUAGGGGCCUUUAAUGUAGCAUUUACAGUGCCAUCAUCGUUAGCACAAUCAUGAUUUUAUCUCUACGUUCGUGUAUGUAUCAAUAUUAAUUAUUAUUGUUACAUGAUGUUUAUCUUAAAAAGUAUGAAAUAAAAGCUAUCUAUCGUAAUGUAAUUAUAAAAUGAAGAAUUAUAAAUCUUGUAUAUGUCUACAAUAAAGAUCAGCCUGAUACUUUGAAUAAAGUAUAGUAUGAAAACAAAAUUGUUAUAAUUAAUUCCAAAGUGUUUUUUAUGCGGAUGAUUGAGGAUACGCAGUAAGUACGAAGUGUGAAAGCUCUGAUGAAAGGGGGGGGGGUUAAAUUAAUAUCCAGAUACUGAAAGAUUGGAAAGAACUGACACUCUCUUGAGAAAAGGAAGUUUGACCAUGGUGAGUACGUAUAUUAUAGGCCUACUUAGGUUCAGUGUUAAGCUGGUUUCCAGAGGUGGAUCCAUGAUUACUGGGGAAGGGGAGGGGGGGGGGGGGGCUCAUCUUUACAAAGUAACACAAAGAGAACAUUCGCACUCAUGGGGGAGCAUUUCACGUAAUUUUUUUUCUGACAAACAUAAGAAAAAAAUUUCUUUAAAAAGGGACACUUCAACCCUUCCCCUCCCCCUUGGAUCCAUGCCUACUGUUAGCUGAAGAAUAAUGUAUGUUAAAUCAUGGACCUAUACUAUUCCAUGGUUAAAUAGAGGCCAAAAAGUCAGAUAAAGUUUGGCAGGAAGAAAGAGAAGAGGGAGAGAGUGGAAGAGUUCGAGAGAGAUAGAGAAAAAAAGGGUGUACGAAAUGAAAACUUGAGAUGUUAAUCUAUAGUCGUCACCAAGGCCCGGCAUUAUGUGCCAUUUUUCAAAAUGUAUAUUUCAUAAAUAUUUUUUUUUCUUUAAUAUACUCUCAACCUGUCUAGUCUAUAUCUCUCCAUUUUCUAUCCAAAUCUCCAAUAUAUUUUCCAUAAUAUUAUCUUCUUUUAAUUUAGCAGAAGUGUACGGUCCUGAACCAACUGAUGUCACCUCUCAUCUUUUUUCUAUCUUAUUCUCUGUCUCUUCCCCUCUCUCUAUUUCUCUCACCCCUCCCACACACACACAUACACCUAUCCACUCUCUAAUUCGACUUCCAAACUUCUCAACCCGCUUGAUGGUCACUCUCCUCGCUCUUCUUUACAUAAUACAACUGGCACGUUUUUGUUUUUCAAUGACACUCAAUAUCUAUUGUUCAACAGAUAUGAAUGCAAAAAUGGCAACGCUAAUUCCCAGACGUGGAAAUAAAAGAUGACUGUUAGCUCUCUAGAAUCUAGAUGGGAAGAAAUCCCACUUCAGAAGAAGAUUUCUAAAAAAAGAACCGAUAUCCAGCGUUGAGCACUCAAUUAUCAAAGGGGCUGCAUUGGGAAAAAGAGAAAGGACAUUUUUCUAACGAAAGUAUUAACAACAAAACAAAUAGGAGUUUUAAUGGGUUAUGUUGAGCUUUAAACCAAUUGAGACGUUAUCUAUU